GUGACGUGACAUCAGCUGACUGACCAGAGGCGAAGUCAGAUCCUCCGUCGACCUUCGUCUGGGUGAAUCUCUCCGGUCUCUGCUCCGUUUCCGCGCCGCUGUCCGCAGCUCCUCUCCCCCAAAAUGGCGAGCCAAUCCCAGGGAAUCCAGCAGCUGCUCCAGGCCGAGAAGAGAGCGGCCGAGAAGGUGGCAGAGGCCCGCAAACGUAAGAACCGUCGUCUGAAGCAGGCGAAGGAGGAAGCUCAGGCUGAGAUCGAACAGUAUCGCCUGCAGAGAGAGAAAGAGUUCAAGACCAAGGAGGCGGCCGCCCUCGGUUCCCAUGGUAACAGCGCGGUGGAGGUGGAUCGUGACACGGCAGAGCGGAUGGGUCGUAUCCAGGCCAGCUUCCGCGGUAACCGGGAGGCGGUGCUGGGCGAGCUACUGCGGCGUGUAUGCGACAUCCAGCCAGAGUUUCAUGCUAACUAUCGUGUGGCCGGCUGAGGGGGUGGGGCCACGAGUCAUCGGGGCGGGGUGAAAACCAGAAGGGGUGGGGCAAACGAAGGAGACAUGGAUGCUAGCAACAUUAGCUUUGAUCAGAGCCGAAACCUUUUAGUUUAGUGUUGUAGUUUUUGACUCAAACUAAAUUCUCCAGAAAAUAUAUAAAAACUUUUAUUUUGAAGGUGAGAAGUUGGUUUGCUGCUCCGUAUGAAGGGGAGAACGUAAAUAAAUGUUGUUACUGUGUUGAUGUUGAUGAAAUAUUUAUAUAUAUUGAAUUAAUUUUUUGUUUCAAUCUUAACAAAAUAAGUCUUUCUUCACUGUAUCUUUGUCAGUUGAGAAUAUCAGCCAAACGGGUGUCAUUUUAAAAUCAAACACAACUCAAUGAAAUCAGAUUUGAUGAUGCUGAUUGGCUGUUUUUCUCUGAACUUGCUUUUCUGCUCCAAAACCUGAUUGGCUGGAGAAAGUGGAGAAAGGCUUUUAUUGUGAAACUCUUCCAAUUUUUUUUUUUUGGCUGUUUCCUAUGUGACUUGACUUCCUGUUGAUGUUUGUGAAGUGAUGAUGAAAAAAAACCUAAUAUUAAACUGACUUCUGAUUGGCUGAAA